CCUCCACAUAGUUUGAAUUGAAAAGUCAAAGCGAAAAUAACAAAAUAGCUAAGCAUAUUUAGCAAAACAAAACUGCGAAAUAACAAUAAUAUACUAAAAUUGUAUUAUAGAGUGAAGCAGAAAAGUAUUAUAAUUGUGAACUGAAAGAUACGCAAAAAUAAAGAAAAAUGGUAGCAAUUGGAAUUGAUUUAGGAACUACAUAUUCCUGCGUUGGAGUUUUCCAGCACGGUAAAGUGGAAAUUAUUGCGAACGACCAAGGAUAUCGCACAACACCAAGUUAUGUUGCGUUCACAGACUCGGAGCGGCUCAUUGGUGACGCCGCCAAAAAUCAAGUUGCCAUGAAUCCAAAGAACUCGGUGUUUGACGCUAAACGGUUGAUUGGACGCAAAUAUGAUGACCCAAAAAUUCAAGCGGAUAUGAAGCAUUGGCCGUUUACGGUGGUGAAUGACUGUGGAAUGCCAAAGAUCAGUGUCGAAUUCAAAGGUGAACAGAAACGAUUUGCACCAGAGGAAAUUAGUUCAAUGGUGCUGACCAAAAUGAAGGAGACGGCUGAGGCGUAUUUGGGUACAUCAGUAAGGGAUGCAGUAAUCACAGUACCGGCGUACUUCAAUGACUCACAGCGUCAGGCCACCAAAGACGCGGGUGCUAUUGCGGGUCUUAGUGUGCUACGUAUUAUAAAUGAACCAACUGCAGCAGCGCUGGCUUAUGGUCUGGACAAAAAUCUUAAAGGUGAACGCAAUGUUCUCAUAUUCGAUUUGGGCGGUGGCACUUUCGAUGUUUCCAUCCUGACUAUCGAUGAAGGUUCGUUGUUUGAGGUACGUGCCACUGCCGGUGAUACUCAUUUGGGUGGAGAAGACUUCGACAAUCGUCUAGUCAAUCACUUCGCGGAGGAAUUUAAACGUAAAUAUAAGAAAGAUCUGCGCUCGAAUCCAAGAGCAUUGCGUCGACUACGGACAGCGGCUGAGCGAGCGAAACGCACAUUGUCAUCCAGUACAGAAGCCAGCAUCGAGAUUGACGCUUUGUAUGAAGGUGUAGAUUUCUACACAAAAAUUAGUCGAGCACGCUUUGAGGAGCUGUGUGGUGAUUUGUUCCGUAGUACACUGGAACCGGUGGAGAAGGCUCUCAAUGAUGCUAAAAUGGACAAGAGUCAAAUUCACGAUAUUGUCCUUGUUGGUGGUUCUACUCGUAUUCCCAAAGUGCAAAGUUUACUCCAAUCAUUCUUCGGAGGAAAGACACUGAAUCUUUCAAUUAAUCCCGACGAAGCUGUUGCUUAUGGUGCGGCGAUUCAAGCCGCUAUUCUGAGUGGUGAUAAGAGCAGUGAAAUUCAGGAUGUUCUCUUGGUUGACGUAGCACCAUUAUCUCUUGGAAUUGAAACCGCUGGUGGAGUAAUGACGAAAUUAAUCGAACGAAACAGUCGCAUUCCGUGCAAACAGUCGAAAACCUUCACAACUUAUGCAGACAAUCAACCAGCUGUCACCAUACAAGUAUUUGAGGGUGAACGAGCCAUGACCAAAGAUAACAAUUUGCUUGGCACAUUCAACUUGACUGGAAUUCCUCCAGCGCCACGCGGAGUACCAAAAGUGGAUGUAACAUUUGAUUUGGAUGCCAAUGGCAUUUUGAACGUGACGGCGAAGGAGAUGAGCACUGGAAACGCCAAGAAUAUAGUCAUAAAGAACGACAAGGGACGAUUGUCACAGGCUGAUAUCGACCGAAUGGUUAAUGAAGCUGAAAAAUAUGCGGAAGAAGACGAAAAACACCGCCAACGCAUAGCUGCCCGCAAUCAACUUGAGAGUUAUGUGUUUGGUGUGAAACAAGCAGCCGAUGAAGCUGGCAGUAAAAUAAGUCAAUCUGAUAAAGAUCGUGUGCUGGAGAAGUGUGGUGAGACAAUUAAAUGGUUGGAUGCAAAUACCACUGCUGAGAAGGAAGAGUUCGAGUACAAAUUAGAAGAAUUGACGAAAAUUUGCAGUCCUAUAAUGACAAAGAUGCACCAACAGGCAGGUGCCGGUCCACAGGCUGGUAAUUGCGGUGCGCAGGCUGGUAGCUUUGGAGGCGGCACUCAUGGAGGACCAACUGUAGAAGAAGUGGACUAAAUAUAUGAUAAUAGUACAAUAUUAUAUGAUCAGUAUUAUAACCGUAACCGUGCCAUUGAUGUAAUGUAUGUAAAAUAAAAGAAUAUUAAGUUCCUAAAUAAUAUACUAUGUAAUACAAUAAAUUAUUGUCCAAAAAUUGACUGAAAAUGUGAAAUAUUAUUCAAGUGAUUUAGGAUUUUAAGACUUUAAAUUAAGUUACUAAAUAAAGCCGGCUA